AUGGUCUUUAAACCGUUCAAACCUCCUUUGAUAAGGAAAAACACGCAGGCUUCGAAUACAAAACCAGACCUCCCCAUCGAUACUCUUGACAACCAUGGCCCGCCAGCUAAGAGGCCGCGUCUGCACCAAGAAUGUACCGUGGAUAGUGCAGGUCCAUCGAUGAGAACUGAGAGGAAGCCUUUGGUCCAAGUGAGCAAUACAUGUGAAUCAGGAGACGACAAUGUCAAGGACGAGUCUGCAGGAGAGCGGUAUUUUAAUGUUUUAUGGCGGAAACCUACCACUAAGAAGAAUAAGACCUGGGAUGGUGAUGGUAUACUCUCAGUGCGGAAUGGCUAUGCUCAUUUGCGAGACGUCUCGGGCAAGGACAUGGGCCGGGCUAUACAAGCCUCUUAUCUUGAACCUGGAACUAUGCUCUCGAUCGGAGGCAAGGAAGUUGAGAUCGACUCCGAAAUGUCGAAGAACGAGUAUCUGUCCGGGAAGCAGUUUCUUGAAGCAAAGCCUAGCCCAACUCCGCCGGUAGCGCCACCGAAGAAAGGUUUUGUGUCUGUGUCGGGAAACAAGCCUAGCACGUCGGCUGCCAAGGAGAACCCAGGGGAGAAAGGUCAAAUGCAGAUUAUUCCGAAUCCUGCAUCGAGGAAACAGAGCUCUAUAUCUAGCGCAUACAAAAGACCCCUGUUAGAAAAUACUAUUAUCCCACAGAAAUCUGAGGAGGAGCCCGUUCCUCGUCAUGACCCCAAGCAGCCCGGUGCACUGGUGAUGAAACGGCCAGCAUCCGCUCCUAAGGGGAAAAGAAUUGUCGACGUUGUGGUUGAUCCUAUUCUUGCCAAACACUUGCGGCCGCAUCAGCGUGAGGGAGUUAAGUUCCUUUAUGAAUGUGUCAUGGGGAUGCGAUCGUUCAAUGGCCAAGGUGCUAUUUUAGCGGACGAUAUGGGCCUGGGUAAAACCUUGCAGACAAUCACGCUAUUAUGGACCUUGCUUAAACAGAAUCCGAUCUAUGAGAAUCCCCCUGAAGUUAAGAAAGCACUUAUCGUGUGCCCUGUGACUUUGAUCAAUAACUGGAGGAAGGAAUUCCGGAAAUGGCUUGGGAAUGAACGAAUUGGCGUAUUUGUCUUUGAUGACAAGCGAAAACGACUGACUGAUUUUACCAGGGGUAGAGCAUACAAUAUCAUGAUUGUUGGUUAUGAAAAAUUAAGAACCGUGCAAGAAGGACUUGCACAAGGAGCUGGGGUCGACAUCAUAAUUGCGGAUGAGGGCCACAGACUCAAAACACUUCAAAAUAAGAGUGGACAGGCGAUACAGUCGCUGAAUGCCACUAAAAGAGUGAUUCUCUCGGGUACUCCGAUCCAGAAUGACCUGAAGGAAUUCUUCGCGGCGGUGGAUCUCGUGAACCCGGGAGUUCUGGGAAAUUUCAAGGCAUUUGUACGCGAAUUCGAGGUUCCUAUUGUGAAGAGCAGACAGCCAGAGGCAACAAGGAAAGAUAUCGAGAAGGGAGAAGCCAGAAAUGAAGAGCUCCGUGAACUUACCUCUCAGUUCAUGCUACGGAGAACCGCGGACAUUCUUGCAAACUACCUUCCACCAAAGUCAGAAUACAUACUCUUUUGCGACCCAACGCCCACCCAAGCGAACAUUUACCAAAACGUGCUCGCGUCACCUGUAUUUCAAUGUGCCGUUGGCAACUCAGAGAAUGCUCUACAGCUCAUCACUAUUCUGAAGAAGCUCUGCAACAGCCCUUCACUGCUUUCCCCAAGAAAUGUAGACGAAAAACCCAGCGAAACAAUCGCAGCUCUACUAUCCUCUCUACCUCCGAACCUCCUACGACACUUUUCUCCAUCCUCCAGCGCUAAAAUCCGAGUCCUAGACCAACUACUACACAUCCUGCAUACCUCAACUUCAGAGAAAGUCGUUCUCGUUUCAAACUACACAUCCACGCUCAAUCUGUUAGCUACGCUCCUAACCUCAUUAUCACUUCCAUUUCUACGACUAGAUGGCUCGACUCCAGCGCAAAAAAGACAAUCCCUAGUCGAAGACUUCAACCGCUUCCCAACAAACCGCUGCUUCGCAUUCCUCCUAUCUGCUAAGGCAGGAGGCACGGGGCUGAAUCUAAUAGGCGCCAGCCGCCUCAUCUUAUUCGACGUGGACUGGAACCCAGCCACCGACAUCCAAGCCAUGGCCAGAAUCCACCGCGACGGGCAAAAACGACACUGUCGAAUAUACCGCAUCCUACUGAAGGGCAGCUUGGAAGAGAAGAUCUGGCAACGCCAAGUGACCAAGCUCGGACUCGCAGAUAGCGUCAUGGAACACAAGGAUAACGCUGCCCAGUUCUCUCGAGAUGAACUAAAAGACCUCUUCCGUCUCGACCAGGAUAGCAAAUGUCAAACGCACGAGCUUCUAGGCUGUGAUUGUGGGGGCAGGGGACAAAAUGUGUCAACCUCGGACUCUCACGCUGGCUCCCCGGCAGACGGACAAGGCAAUGUAUUGGAUUCAGAUGAUUCAGAGGAAGUGGAAGAGGACUUCCCGGACGUUCUGACCCUCAUUAAAGCUUCCAAGCUGGACAUGAAGAAGCAAGAGCGCAUGAUUGAGGCGACUCGCGGGGCACGCCGUGGGGGUAGAACGACCAAAAGCACUGAUGGCACCAAAUCUGACAAGCAAAAGGAUAAGAUGCAGCAGUCGCUGUCUCAAUACUCCCAUAUCGAUCCCUGUCACCUAACAACCACAACUGAUGAUACGCAAGAUAUCCAACAAGUUAUUGAUGACGACGUGCUUCUCUCUAUGUUAAAAGAAGAGGAUAAUAGGAUAAGUUUCGUUUUCAAGAAAUCUAGCGUGGCGUUGGCAAAGGACACGGAUUCGUCGAUGCCGGUUGUUUUAUCGGACUAA